AUGACGAUAAUGGUGAUGACUCUGUACAGGAGAAAGAAAGAGGGGCAGAACAAGAGGGAAGGACCGGGGCCCGUCGGAAGUAGUAAGCGUCAGCGGGUAAACGAAAACGGAAGGGCUGCUCGCGAUGACCAAACAGCACAGGCGGGCCGACGCCGUGUGCGAAGAGGCGAUGGAGUGACCGCUGCUCUCAAGAAAAUCUUUGGAUUGACCGGUGGUCGUGGCGAGCAACGCCGGGAGAGCGGGCUCAUUGAAAGGGGGACGUUCUUUCAGGGCAUGAACUCUCUCGGAGUACAUCGCCUCGUCGAACGUGUAUACCCUGCUCGGGCUAAAGAGCGGCUUUAUCACGUACCCGAGCCACGGACCAGUCACGAUAGCACUGACCCCGAAGAGUCAGAGUUGGGGAACGAUCAACAAGAGAAUACGAACACUACCUCCGCUAACGAACGCGCGCAAGCACGAUCCUCACAUGUUUCCGCUGCUGCUGACACUUACCCUCCGGCGACUGGGCAGCUUCCGGAAGAUAUGAACCUCAUGACGUUAAGACCGGGAAGAGCAAGGGAAGAGGGCUUCCAUUCCAUCGCGGUUCCCACGCACCUCCUCUUACCAUCUCCGCCAGUCUCCCGAUCCCAAGCACAGACUUCCUCUGCCAUUCCUCAGCGUAUACCACAUCCACACAAACUUUUGUCAGGCGAGCCACUCUCUCCCGACCCCAAUGUUGUCCUGCACCUCCCCCACCCAGGCUCCAUGUUGCUCGCAUCAACUGUCAAGGAGUCGCCUCGACGUGCCAGUGUUACAUCAUUGCACGUUCGGUUCUCAAAACCUACCCCUACCCCCAACCGCAUCCUUGUAUCCGACGUCGCUAGCCCAUUCUCCGAAGAAUCGAAUGAUUCUACCAACCCAAACUAUCGCAUAUCCCGACCGGACCCGUCUCUAAACGCUCUCGCCCGCCGGAAGGAAGCUUUGAUUAGUAGAGUAUAUUCUUCUUCCAAGGCCCCGCGGAGAGAUUCAGCUCCCGCGAACGCAUAUACGCCACCGCUUGUACCGCUCCCGCCCGCCACGGUGGUCAACACGCCAACGACAGCACCAGCCGGCGUGUACUGGGUGUCGAGCUCUAUCCCUAUAUCGUUCACCAUACCUCCUCACCCCGCUCGUCACUUUUGCCCUCCUCUAUGCCCGAUAUUACCUCGCGACCUCCGCCUCUUCCAACCCGGAAUAGCAUCAAGGCCUGUCACAUCUCCCGUUCCGGACCGCAAGUCCUCGGGGGCAACAAGCUACUGCCUCCGCUCGUACGUAGAGCAGUCCCCCUCGUCUGAUGAGGAUUCGGAGGAAGACAAUCAAUCGCCGUCUGCGGUGACAGAGAUGAUGCCGGAUGCGUCUCGGUCGUCCAGGCGCCCACCGUGCACGAAUUGCUUCCAUUAUCUCGACUACAAGAUCCACGUCCCUGCGUAUAGCGGCCAUGCUGCGGACCCAGGAUCGAGUAUUCUCGUUACGACUCCACACCACAUUCGGUACUACGAUCUUAGCGUCAGCGACAUCUACUUGUGGAGUGCGGAUAUGAAGGGGCUGGGUAUGGGGGAUAUGAAGGCUGUCGUAGAUUGA